GUGGCUCUUCUUCGCAGCGCUGUUAGAAGAGGAUAGAGACGAAGCGUAGGUGAGGCGUCCUUCCACCUCUUCCUUCUCCACACGGCACUUUCCUUCUUACAUAUCGCAUCAUCCUAAGGAAUAGUAUCUGAUUAUUACUUUUUCCCUUCGUAGAAUGAGCGUCUCCUCGUACGCAGCGAUGCCACGCCAGUUGCUGCGUCACGCACGCCUUCAGCUGCAGCGCAGAAGCACAGCAGUCUUAUCUCCUUUUAUUCUUGCUCACCUCGGUGCCGGUCGCGCCCGUGAUGGUAAGCUGCGCUCUUAUCAAGCCUUUUUGCAGUACAGUGUCGUUGCGGCUCUCCAGACGGUGCACACGGACUCGCGCCGGUACUCCUCACGUGCGACCCUCGACCCGUCCGCGUCGUCGAGCACGCCAGAGCCGGAGCUGAUCUCACUUGACUGCAUCGAGGUGAUCACCACCACCACUACCACCUCGGUGGAGACGUCCACGGACACCUUCCGCACCACGACGGAGCAAGUGUCGAGCUUCACGGUAGGGGAAGUGGGCAACGCGGAGAUUCUUCCCGACGCCUCCUGCAGCACCACCACAGAAACACACGCGGCGCCCUCCGCCACACGUGCGUCCUCGGCCGCCGUCGCACCCGGGCUCUACUGCGAUGUGCACACCCUCGACCCGUUUGCGCGCGGUCGCGUCGCGAACUUUAUCCGCCGCAUGGGCCGCGUGGAGGGGGACAUCUUUCGCGUCAAGGAGGUGCCACCAGCAGACGAGACGGCCUCGGCGGGCCGCGUGCUGCCCCGUCACUACGUCGCCACGUGUCGCAUACCGCUGCCGGAGCCGCACGGGUUUCACAUCGCGCAGGGUCUGGGCGAGGACAGGAAGGAGGCGGAGCUGCUGGCGGCCAUGCACGCGGAGCGCGUGUGCGACGCCCUCGGGGUUCCAUUGUUUCGUCUCAAGACGGCGCAGCUGAAGCACGCGGAAGCGGUGCGGCUGAAGGAGGGCCGCUACGCGCCGCUUCCCGAUGAUCCGGUGAAACCGCUCGGCACGCCGGUUCCACCCCCGCUGCGCCUGCUGCGCUCUCCGCCUCCGCCAUCAUCAUCCCCUGCGUCAAACGAACGCGCUUCUCAGCAAAGCCCUGCUUCUUUACACGUGGAUAUACCAGCGGUGGCGGUGGCAGAGGCAGCAUCGCAGUCUUCCAGCUCAAAGCAGAGCAACAGCGGCGCCUCCUCCUCCCACAGUCUAAAUCAUGACUUUCCCUCCAAGGAAACCAUUGGAGCUCCUCUUUCAAGUGACUACUCCGCGAUAAAAAACACUGUGUCAAGCGAGGGCUCGCCGAGGUCUGCGAAGUGCAGCGCCUCGGUCUCUCCUGCACUGGAGGCAAACGAUGGGCCGGGGAGUCCACCACCCUUCACGUGGCCAACGGCGCACCCCACCACCUUCCUCAGCCGCUGCCCAAAUCUGAACGAGUCGCGGUGCCACGACCCCUAUCAACUCUGUGCGGCGUACGCGCCGACCUUCAGCGAUGCGGAGCACGCGGCGCGGGUGCAGGCCUACGCGAGCACCGUCGUCUACCCCUGGCAGAGCGGCUGGGAAGGGGUGAUGGACGCCCACGAGGAGGUCGCGGCGUCGUCCAUGCGGGGAAACGGGUUGGCAGCCGGCGGUGAUGCCAGUCUCCCCAGUGCGACCGUCGCUGCCGCAGUGGCCGCCGUGACGAGCGUGCAGUUCGACCCCACGGAGAGCGGGAUGUGGCAGAUGGUGAACGACCGCAACCUGCGCUGCUCCCCCACACCGGAGGAUGCGUUGGUCCUGCCCUACGUCUUCGACGGCCCGCACGCGCUGGCGCGGGUGACGGAGUACUACCAGCAGCACGACACCACGCUGGCGGAGCAUUUGAAGGUGCGCCAGGUCACCACGCCCGGGCUCACCACCCGCAUGUCGGAGGCGGAGCUGCGGCUGAUCGGUGUGAGCGUCACGGCUCGCGGCAAGUCGCAGACGGAGGAGAUGGCGGUGCGUCUUGCCGCGAUGCACGCGGAGCUGCUGGUAGACGCGCUGGGGCUGCCCCUCUUUCCGAAGGACGACAAGCGGCAAGCGCGACACGCCGCGGUGGUGGCCGGCUACGGGCGGUGGGCCACGGACCCUCUUGGCGGGUCCACCGCCUCGCCCAACCCGCACGACGCGCUGCCGCGGCCGCUGAAGUCGCAGAUCGGCACAGACGACAUCUGGCUCUCGGCUGACGCGUCGCCGCAGAUGCGGGGGCGGCGCACCGAGUCAGAGCAUAUCAUCGCCACGCACAACUUCGUCGUUGCGCAGACGAGGGACGCCAUCGAAGUGAACCCCCCGUCGGAGCUGCUGGAGGAGGCGUACGCGAUGCUGCGGGAGUGGCAGACGCACAUCGCACGCAGUCGCUACACAAACUUGUACGUGUUGUUCGACAUGAACGACCGCGUCUUUCGUGCCACGACCAUCACACCGGUGCCGGCACGCUUCGGGCCGCGGGGUGGGACUGCCAUCGGCAGCACAGCGAAGAAGGCGAUGCAGCUGUGCGCGCUGCACGCAAUGGACACGCUGUGUGCGCUGGGGGUGCCGCUGUGCGUCGAUGCAGCGCAGGAGCGCAGAUACGUGCAGCGCCGCGCCGCCCUCGGACAGGUCAUCCCGCAUGCGUUGGAUGCGGCGACGCUGCUGAAGAAGAAGGGCGCUGCGACGCCUUCAGAGGUGUCAUUCGGCGUGUCACCGCCGUCGUCCUCGACCCCCACGCUCACGACUCCGUAUUUGCCGUCUUAUUACCUUGAAGGGCACCAGGUGCGACUUCCGCCGCCGUUCGCCGACACGGUGCACGCCAAGCAACUGCGACUGCCACAGGACUUCUGCCUCUACAGCGCCGACAACGACGAGGAGCUCUCUUCCGUUGGAAACGAAGUGAAGAUAUGUGUGGAGAACUACCUAAAGUACUGCAUGAACACCCGUCUUUCCGAGCUUCGCGCGGUGAUGGCCUCGAUGCGCAUCUCGAACCCGCCAUACACCUCUCCGUAUCUCCGUCCCACGCCGGCGGCACCCCAAGACGCCGGACUACCGAAAGACGAAAUCGCGAACACGGAGCUGUGGGCAGCGACGUAUCUCCAAAAUGCUCCGCCCUCCGUUUUAUUUACAACCGACGUACCUCCGCUGCGUUCGCACUGCGUUGCGUACCUUCAGCUGCCUUUGCCAGGGCCUUUCCUCACCACCACCGCCGCGGCAGAAAGGAAGGACGGCCCUCCUCAAUGCGCGUGUGUUACAGCUGCGGCGAAAGUCCGCAGCGCUGACGGCUCCGCCGGUUCAGCCAAGUGCCAGUUGCGGAACCCCACCUACGUGAUCGCCGCCGGUAUGUCGCUGAAGCGCAAGGACGCCGUACGUGCCUGCUACCUCCACGCCGCCUCCCUCCUUUACACCUUGGGCAUCGAUGUGCUGGCCUUGUUUCCCGUCGGCGUCUCGCGCCACCGUUGCGUACCGAACUACGCUGCCCUAGAGAAAUACCUCGGCAAGGAGGCGGUGGUCAUCAUUCCACCCUAUACCCCGGACGGGGAGCGCAACACGCAGCCGCUGAGGAACGCGCCUGCCUACGCGGGGGCGUGGGUCGACUUGGACGGCACCGAGAGACAGGACGGAGAUGGCGGCUCUGCGCGUGCGCCGCCGCGUGCUGUACUGCACAAAAUCAUGAAAGCGUUUCUCGAGGAUCCGCGUCACAUCACCCUGCCACGACGGCGUCAAGCCGCGGGACCCAACAGUCCAUUUAUGCCUGUACAGAGAAGACAACGGAAACCGGGUCUGUAA